GCGGUUGUGAUGAUUCGUCAGUCGGUCGCAAAAGUCCAUCCUAGUGUUUUUCAAAUACAACCACGACGCGACGACAACGAUGACGGUGCGUGACGUACCGUCGGGUGCUCGUGAUCGUGAGAAAGCGACAUUCCGUUCCGCUCAAGUCAACCGCUCGGCGACCGGUCCGUAGCUAGGGGCAACACACACCCCCUGGGCCAAGCGCCACUCGUGGUGCAGUGAAAGGCAAACACACACACACGCACACACGCACGCACGCAGUAAGCGUCGAAGAAUCUAAUAGCGGUCUUCCCUCCGGUCCCCAGUACCCCAUUCUUCAGCACUCAACCGUCUUCUAGCAACCGACACCACCAUCAACCUUCCUACCCCUUCCGAGAAACCAGCAGACAGGUGGCCAGCGAUGGAGAGCGUAAGAGCAGCAGCACCGGAAACGAACCUCUCCCCCGAUGGUAGCUUUACUGAUGAUAGCGGCGGUUGCCUGGUGGGUAGAGCAGCUGUACCAUCGGCCAGAGCUACGACCGCAAAGAAUCAGGACCUCACCAGCAGUCCCGACUCCGAACCGGAUCGAGCGGUUAUCGAGAGUUACGCAACGCUGACACGCAUUCCGGAGGGUUCGGAUUACUCGUGGACGAGGCACCCGCGUUCCGCGCGCGCUUCCGAUAAGAUAAUCGAGGAAAGAAAUCCAGCCACUAACGACAGCUCACCAACGAACCAUUCGGCAGCGCAACGCGAGCUCAUGUCUAUUCACUCGUCCGAUAGUGAAUCCCACCGAACGACGGCUAGCAGCGGCACGUCCGUCCUACUUGAUUCCACCGCCGACAACCAAACCUCCCUGCUGCAGGUCGUUCACGAUGACCUUGAGCUGAGCGCACUGGCGGCCACGACCGACUCGCACGCGUUCGCCGCCAAGAAAGGGACGCACGGCUAUCACGGCAAGCACCACCAUCGGCACCGUCGCCUAUCAGACGAUCUGGCUGGUGUGGGCGAGAGUUAUGGCCGGGGAGGAGGCACCCAGUACCCGGCGGUUGGUAGCGGGCGCGAUCUGGACGGGGCAGCAGCACCUCAACUCAGUUGCACGACGCUCUCCGCCAUCAUGGAGGCCAUCAAACACUCGACGGAAUCGAUCAAUCGCACCAUCAGCGAGAAGAUGCGAGAUUCGGAGACGAUGAGCCGACCGAGAAGCGCGGUCAGCAGCAGUAACAGUUUGCCGACGGCUUCGCGCUUCCACAGCCUAGGAGCACACAGUCCGUCACCGUCGGUGCACGCGUCCGUGCAGGGUGGUGGUGCCUUCCAUCAAUCGUACAGCCCGGGCGUCAUCUCCGAUAUGGUGCGCGAGAUUCGGGAAAACUCGCGCAUCCGCGAGGAAGCCCUCAUGGCAAACAUGCGCUCGAUCAUGGAGGAUCGCUCCUGGAUGCAGAACGAAACGCUGACCCGGUUGACGCGGGACGUGGAGGACCUGAAGCGCAACUUCCAGUCGGUACGCACCGACGUAGACGGCAUGAAGUCGGCGCUCGAGGGCAUGCGAUCGGAGGUGGCCAACCUCGGGCUGCAGAUGAACUACCUGAUGGCGCAGCAGCAGCUGCUGGCGCACGCACCUGCCAACUACAGCCCGAGCAACCUCACCCACGGUCAACCAGCAACCCCGCACCAGCCGCUCGUAGCGAGUGGUGUGACGAUGCGCCGAACCGUGGACCACUGUCUGCAGCAGCAGCAGCAGCAGCAACAUCACCACUACUAUCCAGCGGCGGCUGCUGCACGGCUAUCGAUACCGCCGGUACCAUCGGAUGAUGGCGAGUAUGGUGCCAAGCAGGGAACCGUCUACGAGAUGGCGUUGCCCAACGCCACUAGCCACAAAGCACCGCCCUCACCGCGCACCGGCUUGCUGGUGCGGGACGAUGUAAGCUCGAUCCACCUCGAUCACGUCACCACCGCCAAUACCUCGGAUAACGAUUGUACGCUGGCACUGCGCCAGCAGCUGCAGGCAGCGUUGCGUGUGCAGGGCCUGUACGAGGAUCACAUUGCGGCCCUCACCCGCCGUACCCUCUCGCUGCAGGGUGAGAUCGAGCACAGCAAGGGAGGCGCACGGAACGGCACGUCGCCUACCGAUUCGUUGCCAAACGCGGGCCGACCAGGGCCGGUCAGCACAACCGUGCCGGGCGGUACCGGUGCACACGGUAUGGUUUCACCGCGGGACAACCUACCGUACAUCCAGAUGCUGACCGGUCCGGUGACGGACCUUUAAGGGGCCGCUGAUCUUAGCCAAAAAAAAAACAAACAACGGAAGAAGAAAAACCCGGUAAAAACGGAAUUGAGGCAUUGAGUUCGACUUGACUUAACUCGGGACCCGCAAUCGUGGUCCCACGUUUGGGUGGCUCGCUCUACUGUGUAUUGCUGCAGCUAGUCCUACCCCCCUCCAUGAUAUACCGAUCCGUUUUACUCCGAUCGUAGGACUCACAGAGACAGACAUACUCUCACUCUCUCUCUGUCUCUCUGUCUCUCGCCGAUGGUUUGCCUGGUAACGCGUGUGUACAGGGACGAAGACUUAAAAUCUAACUUAUAACAACAACAACAAAAAACACACGCAUUAAGAAACCCUAUUUACCACGAGUGCUUUAUCUUAAUGAAGGUUACCACUAUCGUAACGUAAGCGGAGCGGGAACACGCGGGAGAAAACAUUGCGCCACUUCAUAAACAUUUCCAUACCCCGGGGGCCUUAAUAAACUCAAAUGCGUUCGACAAAGUU